GUCGCUGCCAUGGUCACGUUGUGGGGUUGUCGCUAGAAGGUUAUCUCGAUUUUUUUUAGUUCCGUGUCUUAGUUAAGUGAAAUUCAAUCCCGUGUGGCUCGUGUAAGGGACGAAAAUGCGUUUGUUAAAAUUGCCUCUUCAGAGCUCUGCAUCCGUCUGUCGCUGCAUGACGCGGACAGCGACUGGAUCAUCUAGGCACAUUCACAUUUGCACAAGUGAAACUCCAAGCGGCAGCCUGUGGUCUCUAUCAAGACGAUUUCAGUACAUUCGCCUGCAAAGAGACGCUCGCCAUAAAAGCACUAAAGGCAGUGUAUCGUCGCUAUUCAUGCCAGUUCCGGUUACGGUGUCCAACAACCCGGACGAUAUCAAUGUUGGCGAAGAGCUGACCACGAAGCUAAAGAAAGAGGAUCUUCUUAAGCUGCUAAACCAAUUUAGUAAACGCCCGGAGGUUAUCAAAUGGAGUGAAGAGAAUGGUCUAGACGCUCGCUUAUUUCACCAAGCCUUCGUAAGUUUUCGACGGUAUUGCAUGGAAUCGGAACAGCUUCCUGCUGAUUUGCAUAUAAUUUUCAGCGACCUUCUUCAAGGCAGCAGGCACUUGGACGACCUCGUACCCUAUUUUCUUCAACAUGCAAGACAAAUCUUCCCACACCUAGAAUGCAUGGAGGAGCUGCAGAAGAUCAGUGAUUUAAGGCAUCCAGGAAACUGGUAUCCCGAGGCACGUGCUAUCCAGCGAAAAGUGAUCUUUCAUGCUGGACCUACCAACAGUGGAAAGACGCAUGCUGCUCUUGAGAGUUUUCAUAAUUCAAGCACUGGCCUUUACUGUGGGCCGUUAAAGAUGCUGGCUGUGGAGGUUUUCCAGAAGACUAAUGAAAAGGGCACACCAUGUGACCUAGUGACAGGAGAGGAGCGGAGGUGCGUGUUGCCUGACGGAGAGCCAGCCCCGCAUGUGGCAUGCACAGUUGAAAUGGCUGCGGUCCAUACCACGUAUGACGUGGCUGUAAUCGAUGAGAUUCAGAUGAUGCGUGACCCUCAGCGAGGAUGGGCUUGGACUCGAGCUCUCCUGGGGCUGGCAGCCAAGGAGCUUCACCUGUGUGGUGAAGCUGCUGCUGUAGGACUUGUGCGCAACCUGCUGUCGUCACUCGGAGAAGAGUUGGAGGUUCGGAAGUACAAGCGCUUGACGCAGCUAACAAUUGAAAACAGGGCACUUGAAAGCUUGGAAAAGAUACAGCCAGGUGACUGUGUUGUGUGCUUUAAUAAGAGCGACAUCUACCAAGUGAGCCUACAAAUUGAACGGCAAGGUCUGGAAUGUGCAGUCAUCUACGGUGGACUGCCACCUGGCACCAAGCUGGCCCAAGCACAAAAGUUCAAUGACCCUUCUCAUCCAUGCAAAGUGCUUGUUGCCACUGAUGCUAUUGGUAUGGGCCUCAACCUUAGCAUUGGUCGUGUCAUCUUCUACUCGCUCGUGAAGCCCUCACUUAAUGAGCGGGGGGAACGACAGAUGGACACUAUUUCUACAUCUCAGGCCCUUCAGAUUGCAGGCCGAGCCGGCCGUUACGGUAGCCGGUACGAGGUUGGUCGUGCAACAACGAUGAAGCCACAAGAUCUACCUGCGCUGAAGCAGAUUCUUGGGGCCUCUGUGGAGCAGAUCGAAGCAGCCGGACUGCACCCAACUGCUGAACAAAUUGAGCUCUUUGCUUAUCAUUUGCCGCAUGCAACUCUGGCCAAUCUUGUGGAUAUUUUUGUAAGCCUUUGCAAAGUUGAUUCAUCAUCCUACUUCAUGUGCAACUUAGAGGGCUUCAAGUUUCUGGCGGACAUGAUCCAGCAUGUACCCCUGCCAUUACGGGCACGAUAUGUGUUCUGCUGCUCACCCAUCAAUCAGAAAAUGCCAUUUGUGUGCAGCAUGUUCCUCAAGUUUGCACGGCAGUACAGCCGCAAUGAACAACUAACGUGUCAAUGGUUGGGACGCAACAUUAAUUGGCCCUUGGCUGUUCCUAAGACCAUCAUGGACUUGGUUCACCUGGAAGCUGUUUUUGAUGUGCUGGACCUUUAUCUCUGGCUGAGCUACCGCUUCCCAGACCUGUUUCCAGAUGCUGAGGCUGUACGUGCCAUGCAGCAGGAGUUAGACUCGAUUAUUCAAAAGGGUGUGCUCAAUAUCACACAACUGUUGCGUGCUGGAAUGGGAAGUGAAUCUGAGGAAACUGAUCAUGAUGAGGGGCCCCCCUCAACCCAUGCACCAAAACUACAGGGCAAGCUUGCUGACCGUCUGCUUGCUCAAGGCUUACUCACGAAAGAGCAGCUUUUAGAACUCCAGCGUGAGUGGCAGCGUGGUGGCCCGAGAGAUCGCCGGAACAAGAAGCCAAAAUAGCAUAAUGUAGACAAUGUACUAUAUAUAAUGCCCUAUGUUUACAGUGGAUGUCUGUAUUCAGCAUGAAGCAAUGUCUGUCGGCUUUACUGCACAAAUGUGGGAGCUGCCAAAGAUUCCACGCCAGUGAUGCACAGAUGAACCCUAACAAGGACACUGCUUUAUGUACAGGUCAUGACGGGGAACAAGUGGCUGACGUUCUGUUUUGCUGAAUGUCCCUGACAUACAGCUGGGCAGCAGAUUGUGUGGCACCAGGUGCCACCUGACUGCCCAUUGGAUUACCAUUAUACUAUUUUACACAAGUCCUGGCUGGGUUAAAAAAGAAAAAAAAGUAAAGAAACUUGUGUGCGAGCUUUUUUUUUUUUUUUCACCUGGAAAAGAUACAUUCCUCUGUUGUUGGCACACACAAGUUUCUCUACACACCAAGCUGCACUUUGACUAACACUGCACUAGCAUGCGUGCCGAAAGCAGCUCUAUGCUGCUUUUUGCACCUAUUUUGUAUAUUUACCGUGCCUCCUCUGUCACUGGAGUCUUGACAAACACACGUCUUUUGUUAUGAAGUUGUCUUCUUUGUAUAGCUCUUUUGUCAGUUGGGCUGCUAGACAAAUUCAUCACUUAAAUUAAGGAAUAGAAUUGUGUUAUAAUGUUACCUUGUGUUAGCACCUGUUAUCUGCAAUCACUCAGACUGCUCUUGCUUGCAGAUCGAGUGCAUGUCACUUUCAAGGACUUUAGCACAGGUAAACUUUUCCAUGGCAUUGCAAUUUAGAUGCGUUAGUUCACAUGAACAGUCGUGUAUCAGCAUUUGUGCCUUUGGGAGUGCAUCAGAUGCAGCCUGGUGGAAUCUUCAGCAGUGCAUUGAAAAGGCAUGUUGCAAAACAGAUGUGACAGUUGCGAUGCUUAUGUGUAAAAAGUUGCCCAUGUAUGAAAAAGAGCAACUUAAAUUCUGCUGGAGUACUUUCAAAUUUAUGGAAGCUCCAACUCAAAAUUUUCCAGUUUGUUGUUACAGUGAUGGCUAUUUACUGAUGCUACGACUAUUUCUAACUGCUCUUAUAGGAUCCUCAACCAAAUUUUAUAAUAGUAUAUCAGAACAUCCUUCCUAAUAUUUUUUUUUUCUGUUUGAAGUGCAUUUUAUGCAGGGCUGUUAAAUGUCAGGUCAGUUAUGUGGGAAUCUGUAAUGUGUUAUCAGAACAUCCUUCUUAAUAUUUUUUUUUUUCUGUUUGAAGUGCAUUUUAUGCAGGGCUGUUAAAUGUCAGGUCAAUUAUGUGGGAAUCCGUAAUGUGUGCUAUAGGCAGUUUCACCAAAUAGAAAAAAUACCAUUAACCUGAGCAAUGCACUAAGCUAUAAAUGAAACUAGUUUGUUCAUGCUGCCAAUUAACUUGACCCCAAUUUGAAAUUUUUUAGCUGUCUGCUUAUCCCAGACAAGGGGUAAACACUCCCAAAAGGCUUUGGUCUUACGUUUAAUCCUCAAAACCAGGUUGAUUUUUUUAAUUGCAUUUGUACGUGUAGUCGACAAGCACACAUGUUGAAAUACAUAUGCCUGAUAGUACUUGGA